CGGUACAACAACAUGACAGAGCCCACUGUAACAGCUCAUACUGUGAAAUGGAUUUGAAUCGGGGAAACUAAAUCUUUACGGGUUUUAUUUUUAAGGAUGAGAGCCUUAUAUUGUUACGUCGUGGUAUGCUUUGCGUUGUGCGUCGUAAAUCCUCUCUCCGGAGAAGAAGUCAAGGCAGAGGAGCCGUCGUUGGCAGUGCAUACGAGGGAUGAGGCUGGAGGACCUAGCCAAGUGGCCCAGGUCGGGGCAGAUGACAGUCAGCAUGCCCCCAAAAAUACAGACAAGGAGGGCACGCCGCUCAAUCUGCAGUCUGACACCUUGCAUGGCGAGGAGAUUAGUAGGCUGAAUGACACUGAGAAUCCCAGCAAUGACACGGCUCACGCAACCACCACCACCCAUGCAGCAAAGGCUGCCACACCGGCACCGCCAACACCAAAACCCAUCUUGCCCGAACACACUGGGGUGAAGGCCCAGGAGGAGGAACAGUCAAGUGGGAUGUCAAUCUUUUUCAGCCUGCUUGUCAUUGGAAUCUGCAUCAUAUUGGUGCACCUACUUAUAAAGUUCAAGCUGCACUUCCUGCCGGAGAGUGUGGCUGUUGUCUCACUGGGCAUCCUAAUGGGCGCUUUCAUAAAGAUCAUCGAGUUUCAGGAGUUAGCCAACUGGAAGGAAGAGGAGAUGUUUCGCCCCAACAUGUUCUUCCUUUUGUUGCUGCCUCCCAUCAUCUUUGAGUCCGGAUACUCGCUACACAAGGGAAACUUCUUCCAGAAUAUCGGCUCCAUUACGCUCUUCGCCGUGAUCGGGACGGCCAUCUCCGCCUUCAUCGUGGGAGGAGGGAUCUACUUCCUUGGCCAGGCGGAUGUAAUCUACAAGAUGACCAUGACAGACAGUUUUGCGUUUGGCUCUCUGAUCUCAGCUGUGGACCCGGUGGCCACCAUCGCCAUCUUCAACGCCCUCAACGUGGACCCCGUGCUCAACAUGCUGGUGUUCGGGGAGAGCAUCCUCAACGAUGCUGUCUCCAUCGUGCUGACCAACACUGCCGAGGGCUUCACUGGCCCGGACUCCUCCACGGUGACGGGCUGGGAGACCUUCGUCCAGGCGCUCGGAUACUUCCUCAAGAUGUUCUUCGGCUCGGCCGCACUUGGCACGCUCACCGGACUCAUCUCCGCCAUUUCCCUGAAGCAUUUUGACCUGAGGAAGACUCCUUCUCUGGAGUUUGGUAUGAUGAUCAUCUUUGCCUACCUGCCCUACGGUCUGGCUGAGGGCAUCAAACUCUCUGGUAUCAUGGCCAUCUUGUUCUCUGGUAUUGUGAUGUCCCACUACACUCAUCACAACCUGUCGCCCAUCACUCAGAUCCUCAUGCAGCAGACCCUGCGCACCGUGGCCUUCAUGUGUGAGACGUGCGUGUUUGCCUUCCUGGGCCUGUCCAUCUUCAGCUUCCCACACAAGUUUGAGCUCUCCUUCGUCGUCUGGUGCAUCGUGUUGGUGCUUUUGGGACGAGCAGUGAAUAUCUUUCCCCUCUCCUUCCUGCUGAACUUCUUCAGAGACCACAAGAUCACGCCCAAGAUGAUGUUCAUCAUGUGGUUCAGUGGCCUGCGCGGGGCUAUCCCCUACGCCCUGAGCCUCCACCUGGGCCUGGAGCCCAUCGAGAAGAGGCAGCUGAUCGGCACCACCACCAUCGUCAUCGUGCUCUUCACCAUCCUGCUGAUGGGCGGCGGCACCAUGCCCCUCAUCCGCAUCAUGGACAUCGAGGAGAGCCAGUCGCGACGCAGGAAUAAGAAGGACAUCAACCUCAGCAAGACUGAGAAGAUGGGCAAUACCAUCGAGUCGGAGCACCUGUCUGAGCUGACUGAGGAGGAGUACGAGGCCCAUAUCGUGCAGAGGCAGGACCUGAAGGGCUUCAUGUGGCUGGACGCCAAGUACCUCAACCCCUUCUUCACCCGCAGACUCACACAAGAGGACCUGCUGCAUGGGCGUAUCCAGAUGAAGAGCCUGACCAACAAGUGGUACGAGGAGGUACGGCAGGGCCCCUCGGGCUCCGAGGACGACGACGAGGCCGAGCUGCUGUGAGCCAGCGGCCAGGGAGCCAUGCAGAGGUCAAAGGUCAUUCUGAUCUACGUCAGGCAGUCUGUGAGGGAGGAGGGGGUUGGCUCAUGGCCCACGCACAUGCACAUACAAGUGAGCAUGAUUACAGUCGAUCAUCUGGGAACUUCGCUACUAUCGCUUCGCAAACGCAAACACAUUGUUUUGACGGGAAAAACCAACUGGCCAAACAUUGACAAGGCACAUUUGUUCACUAAAUCCAUUACUGCAACCCAGUCAAUGCAUAAACAUAUCAGCGCAUCCUUAAUUAAUUAAAGAAUGAAUUAAAGAAUUAAUUAAUGUUACUCUGCUACUCAGUGAAGUGAUCCCACCCACCCCCAAACAACUUGACUCGUCACAUCAUGCUGACUGCAAAAAUCUGGUCAACGCUCACUCAGAUCUACGGUGUUGUGUCGAUAUGAGCUACGUGUUGAACCCUAGUGGUUUGGGUUUUGGUUUGGGCUGUUUAAUGUUUAACGGCCUAUUGGCAACUCAUCGCGAUGAAGCAGCCCAUCUCCACAGAACCACUGCACCUUGUAAGAGAGGAGGGGAUUUGUCUUCACCAGCCCACCAGCCACGCACACCAUAUUACAACACCAUAUUACAACACACACACAAGUGACCAUGAGGUGACUCAUCCCACCCGUCAGUCCUCCCUCUCUGAGCACUUGUCCCUCACAACAUCCCUCACAACAUCCCCCUCCCCAUACCCCUCCCUCUCUGAGCACUUAUCCCUCAGAACAUCCCCCUCCCCAUACCCCUCCUCUCCUCAAAGCCCUCCGCCUCCCCAUACCCCUCCUCUCCUCACAACCUCCCCCUCCCCACACCUCUCCUCUCCUCAAGGCCCUCCACUCCCCAUACCCCUCCUCUCCUCAAAGCCCUCCGCCUCCCCAUACCCCUCCAAACCACUUGAGCCAAAAUGGAAAAGGACCACUGGAGGACAUUAGGCGACACGACACGACUGUUACAGCGGGGAGAACGGUAAACGGUGUCCUCCUUGCAAUAGAUAAGGGAAAAUUGUAAGUGACUGAUGUGUUAAGUGGAACUUAAAAUCAAAGGAGAAAAAAGGAAAUUGUGGUUUAUUGAAGGGAUACAUGUGCACUUUGCUGAGUGUCUUACGUCUCGAAAACUUUCAUGUUUAUAUAAUGGAUUUACGACGGAAGGGGAAGGCACAGGUGAAUUUUUCAGAACUAGGCUUUCAAAGUAAAUGUGAAAUGUUUGCCACUUUUUUGUAUUUAUUUUAUUGAGCAAGGGAAAAGGUUAAUAUAUUCUUACACUUUCAUGUAGGUGAGUGAGUUUUCAUUUGUCUACAUUAAAAGGACACUAUGAAUGAAUAAUAAUGACUGUAGCGAAUCGGGAACGAAAAAAUGUCAGUUCUUUUAUGAAUGUUUGUACUCUGUGUGGCGGAAAUGCUUUUAUAAUGUGCAAUCAAUAGUUAUAAUAAAACUCACAUCCUCUA